GCGGGCCGACGGUUGGUUGGGCUGCACUGCGCGCGCCCGUUGCCCGGUAACGGCGGCCGGGAGCAGCGCGGGAGGGCGGGCGGCCCGCGCACUGACAUGGACGCGCGGCUCGGCCGCUCCUCUCCCACAACCUUCAUCAUCAUCACCAUCCCCGCCUGCAACAGUUUCCGCCGCCACGACGAGCGAGCGGCGGCAGCAGCAGCGGCACCAUCAUCACCACCUUCAGAGGAGAGAAGCGGCGGGUGCGACGCCAGGGGAGAGCCGAGCCGAGCCCCCUGAAGUGAGGAGAGGCGGCCGUGUGGCGGGGAGGGGGAAAGAUUAAACCCCAGCCCCGGCCCGGGGGUCCCAGUGAAGGAUCUACCUCCCUUCCACUACCCACCACCCGUGAGAGCGGCGGCAGCAGCACCUUCGUCGUCUCCUUCAGAGAAGAGCCAGGGAGAGGCGGCCGUGUGGCGGGGAGGGGGCAACCCAAGCCCCAACUCCAGCCCCAGCCCCGACCCGGGGAUCCCAUUACAGGAUCUCCAUCUCCACCACCCGAGAGAGCAACGACUACAACGCACCAAGCAUCAGUGGCGAGGAGAAUAUGGUUAUUUUAAGAUUUUCAUAGAUGAACAUCAAUCAAAGGCCUGGUGACCAAGCCUGGGCGGAUUGCAUUUCCUCAAAAUGAAUAAAUCUCGGAUCUUCCAGUUCUGUGGCAUUAUGGCCUGUGUAUUUAUGAUUCUGUUGAUCAUAUUUUAUUGGGAUGAUGUUGGAACAGCUCAUUUCUAUUUGCACACAUCUUUCAUAAGAAUCCAGGCCACACAUCCUACCAUGACAAACCAAAACCAAGACCUGUCAAAUUCCAAAAAGACAGCGGGGGAGAGAAUAACCAAUUCCGGGGCUACUAUUAUUCAGGAUAAUCUGGAAUUAAUGUAUUUGGAAAACACAAAAGGAUACAAAGGAGAAGAAAGUUCCCCCAAAAUGGAACAAGCCUUCGAUGGUAUAUUUCAGCCUAAUUUUGAUGAAAAGGUCUUUGAGCUGGAAAUCAAUUCUGCGAAAACCAGCAAUGAAUUAGAACAAAUACAGAGUGAGAGGAGGCAGAAUAUUGAAGAUGCUUGUAGCGACUCCAGUAUCAUGUUCUCAGGAAAAAAUAGGAAAUUUGAAGAUAUUCCAUCUAAAGAACUGGACCAUCUAAUUGUGGACGAUCGACAUGGGAUUAUUUACUGUUAUGUACCAAAAGUAGCCUGUACUAAUUGGAAAAGAAUCAUGAUUCUAUUAAGUGAAAGUCUUUUAAAGCAAGGCAUUCCGUAUCGCGAUCCAUUGGAAAUCCCCAGGGACCUUGUGCACAACUCCACCAGCCAUUCCACCUUUAGUAAGUUCUGGAGACGCUAUGGGAAAUUCUCAAAACAGCUAAUGAAGAUCAGACUGAAAAAGUACACCAAGUUUCUCUUUGUGCGUGAUCCAUUUGUAAGACUGAUUUCUGCAUUCCGCAGCAAGUUUGCAGUUCAAAAUAAUGAUUUUUACAAUCGAUUUGCAAGACAAAUGCUACAACUGUAUGCUAAUUAUACAGACCCACCACUAACUGUUGAUGAAGCUUUCUCUGCGGGAAUCAAGCCCACCUUCAUUAACUUCAUUCAAUAUUUGUUGGAUCAUCAGACUGAGAAAGAGCAGCCUUUCAAUGAACACUGGAGGCAGGUAUAUAGGUUGUGUCACCCCUGUCAAAUAAAUUAUGAUUUUAUUGGAAAAUUAGAGGGUUUGGAUGAGGAUGCCAGUUACUUACUUAAAUUGCUGAAGGUGGAGAAGCUUGUUCAGUUCCCUUCCAGCUCACGGAACCAGACAGUUGCUAGUUGGGAGCAUGACUGGUUUGCAAAAAUUCCAGUCGCUUGGAGGAAAAAACUGUAUGAAAUUUACAAGCCUGACUUCGUUGUCUUCGGUUAUCCCAAACCAACAAAUUUAUUACUUGACUAAUCUCAAAGAAGCACUAAUUGCCUUAACGUUAAAUGGGUUUUCAGUUAAUGCAUCGAGGAACUCCUUUCAGACUGCCUCUUGUCAAAAACAAUUUGAAAUUUCUCUGGAUUGUUAUGCUAUCACGGCAUAUUGAUUUGCAUCACGAAGCAAAAUUCCUCAUCUUGCUCCAUAUAAUCUCUAAACACAAGAAAUAUUUUUAUAAUGACAAGUUGUCCUCAUUGAUAAAUAGAAACUUAACUUGAUAACCUUGGGUUUCUAUAUCUGCUAGAUCGAGGCGAAAAGACAAAUGUUAUUUAAUAUGGUCCUAAACGUAAUACAGUAAGAGCCUUGCUGUUAUUCUGGGCUGUUAGACGUUAAUAACCCAGACAUUGAAGUCUGAAGCAAUCUUUCUCGUGUGCUUUGGAUCUGGGUUAUUAGAAUUAUUAUCAGACCAAUACUAGGAGAAUAAUGUAGGCUUUAUCAAUGUCUGAUUCCUGUUGUGAUAUUGAUUCUGGGGUUUUUUUUAUUUCCCCCUACAAAAAGAUUUUUAAAAUCAAAUAUGGGGACCAUGGAUUUAUUUACUUGUUUUCUGUUGUAUCUUCUCCUGUCUUGAUGAUCUAUAUAAUAUUAUUUGACCCCUCCAAAGGUUUUUUUUAAAGUCUAAUACUGCAUAAGCUCUGAUAUCUUUCAUGCAGUUGAUAUAACUUCAAAAUGAUCUCAUGGGAAAAUUGAGGUAAUUGUUUCUGUUAAAAUAUCCCUCGGAGCCUACAGUGCAAUAUUGAGUAAAUUCUAAAUGUAACCUUAUAGGCAAUUAUUUUAUUUCUACUAAAUAUAAGGGGUGCAUACAAUACUGUUUGUAGCCAUUGUGCUUGGAAAAGUAUUUUAAAAAAAUCAAAGUUA